AUGGAGCCGAGCCCCGCAGCGUCCCCCGGUCCUUCCCGGUCCUUCAAAGAGGAGCUGCUCUGCGCGGUCUGCUACGACCCCUUCCGCGACGCCGUCACUCUGCGCUGCGGUCACAACUUCUGCCGCGUGUGCGUGACCCGCAGCUGGGAGGUGCAGGUGGCGCCCGCCUGCCCGGUGUGCAAGGAUCGCGCGUCCCUAGCAGAUCUCCGCACCAAUCACACCCUCAACAACCUGGUGGAGAAACUACUGCGCGAGGAGGCCGAGGGCGCGCGCUGGAUUGGGCAUCGAUCCCCGCGCCACUGCCGCCUGCACCGCGCCCAGUUCAGCCUCUUCUGCUUCGAGGACAAGGAGCUGCUGUGUUGCUCGUGCCAGGCCGACCCCCGGCACCAGGGGCACCGCGUGCAACCAGUCAAGGACACUGCCCACGACUUUCGGGCCAAGUGUAGGAACAUGGAGCAUGCACUGCGGGAAAAAGCCAAGGCCUUUUGGGCCAUGCGUCGCUCCUACGAGGCCAUCACCAAGCACAACCAGGUGGAGACUAUCUGGCUUGAAGGUCGAAUCCGGCAGGAGUUUGAUAAGCUUCGAGAGUUCUUGAGGGCAGAGGAGCAGGCCAUCCUGGACGCUGUGAGUGAGGAGGCAAGACAGAAGCAGCAUCUGGUGGAGGAGAAGAUGAAGCAGCUAGCAGAAGAGACCGAGGUGUUGGCACAUGAGAUUGAGCGGCUGCAGAUGGAGAUGAAGGAAGAUGAUGUUUCGUUUCUCAUGAAGCACAAGAGUCGAAAACGACGACUCUUCUGCACCAUGGAGCCAGAACCCGUCCAGUCCGGCAUGCUCAUUGACAUCUGCAAGUACCUAGACUCCCUGCAGUACCGUGUCUGGAAGAAGAUGCUCAUGUCUGUUGAAUCUGUACCUUUUAGCUUCGAUCCCAACACAGCGGCCGGCUGGCUUUCCGUCUCUGAUGACCUCACCAGCGUCACCAACCAUGGCUACCGGGUGCAGGUGGAGAACCCAGAGCGCUUCUCCUCAGCGCCCUGCCUGCUGGGCUCCUGCGCCUUUUCCCAGGGCUCCCAUGCUUGGGAGGUUGACCUGGGAGGACUGCAGAGCUGGCGGGUGGGUGUGGUGCGGGUGCGCCCAGACGCCAGCACAGAAGGACCCUCACACAGCUGUUACCACGACACUCGCUCAGGCUUCUGGUACAUGUGCCGCACACAGGGGGCGGAGGGGGACCACUGCAUGACCUCAGAUCCAUCUACACCACCCCUCAUCCUGGGCGUCCCACGCCGCCUGCGCAUAGAGCUAGAGUGCGAGGAGGGCGAGCUGUCCUUCUAUGAUGCUGAGCGCCACAGCCACCUCUACACCUUCCAUGCCCGCUUCGGGGAGGUGCGGCCCUACUUCUACCUGGGGGGCAUGCAGGUGGAUGGCCCACUGGAGCCACUGCGCAUCUGCCCCCUGCGUAUUACCAUCAGGGAACAGCUGGACGGAUGA